GACAGCUUGGCGAGAUCUCUAUAUGUCAUCGGAGAACAAUGGCAUCGCACGCAGUCGGAGAACCCGGACCAGCUCAAGGCCCCGCUACGCGUCAUCAUGUUCCAACACUUUAUCGAAAUGACGAAAGUGCGCUUCAACAAGAUGAUGGAGACGCCUUCAUCGCGAUCCCAGGCUCUGGAGAGGGGCCUCCUCACAGAAGCACCGGCGAUGAUUCCGGGCCUCCGUUGGGACCCCACCGAGAAGCGCCAUGUCAAGGACCCCAGAGUGACACCUCUGAAGCCCGAGGAGGUGCUAGAGGCCAUGGACCGCCUCCUGGUCUUGAGCUCUCAGGAACUGGUGAUCAACCGGUUCCACGGCAUGCGCAAGCUCAGCGAGGAGUAUGCCUCCCCCAGCAUCGGCAUGUUCCUGGAGCUGGGACUCCGCACGGGGGCAGCCAACGAGGCCUGGAACCUGCUGCACAAGCUCAACCAGUCAGCUGCCUGGAUGGCCACAGGCGGCUAUCUCCGACACGAGCGUCUCCACCUGAGCGCCUUGGCGAAGCGCCUUGCAGCUGUGACGAAGUGA